UACGGAAGUUAAUUUGAUUCCCAACGAAGUUGACUAUUUCUUUUAGGGCUUCAGAGCGCUAAACAGCGUCCCAGUGAACAUGUUUUUACGGUUAAAUGUGUUGUGAUAAUCCGAAACCGUAAUGAGUCUGUGCCGAGAGGUUGUUACCCUUCAGCUCGGGCAUUACUCCAACUUUGUGGGGACUCACUGGUGGAAUUUGCAGGAUGCAUCAUUGUGUUAUGACCCCGACAUGCCACCAGGGGAGCUGCAGAGUGAUGUUCUGUUCCGAGAGGGUCUUACCCGGGGGGGACACGUAACCUACACGCCCCGCCUCAUCACCUUGGACCUUAAAGGGAGUCUCCGCACUCUGAAACAGGAAGGCAGUCUGUACUCCACAGGACAGGAGCCCAGCACCAUAACAUGGGAAGGUCAGAUAAUGACUCACAAAGAAAGUCCUCCAGCAAAGAACUCCUUUCUGCAGGACCUGGACAAACUUGACAAGGGAGGGUUGUUAGUAGAGCCAGACUUCAACACCCCUUCAGUUCCAGCCACUCAUUCCCCAGGGGGGAUGGUUGCCAUGGACACAGUGAACAGUAAUCUGGAGCGUGUGCAUAAGUUCUAUAAGAUGGAGGGCAGUGUGAUGGUGUGGUCCGACUUCCUGAGGCUCCACCUCCACCCUCGCACUGUAUCCGUCAUUAACCAGUACAACCACGAGGGUGAAGCAGCGCGCUUGGAAGCAUUCAGCCAGGGGGAGACGCUGUUGCAGGGCUCUGUGCUCGAGGACCUGGAGGACAGACUGCACUUCUUCGUAGAAGAGUGUGACUAUCUGCAGGGCUUCCAAGUGCUGUGUGACUUGGCUGAUGGUUUCUCAGGCUUGGGAUCAAAGGUCACAGAGCUGCUGCAGGACUCCUAUGGAGGGCGGGGCAUCUUGACUUGGGGUGUGGCUCCUGUCAAUCAUCCAGACUCGAGCCCGAUUAAGGAACUAUAUCACAUGAUGAAUUUUGCCCUGGGAACUGUCAACCUGGCCAAUCACAGUUCUUUCUUCUGCCCUUUGACCCUGCGGGGUAGUUUGGGGAGACGACCCAGUCCAUCCACGGUGUUUCCUCUGGUUAACUAUGAUUCCUCACUGUGGUACCAUUCCAGCUCUAUUUUGGCUCUUGCUCUGGAUUCUAUGACUGUGUCCUAUAGACUGAGAUACAACAGUGCCCCCAUGUGGCAGCUGGCUGAUGCACUGACUGUCUCCGGGAGGAAGGUUGUUUGUGCUUAUGGAUCGGUUCCAUUUCCCAUAAUGCAAGGCACCUGCCUUCCUGAUGCUCUGAGUGCUUGUGGUGAUGUGUUGCCAUGGAAACCUCUGUCGGCUUGCCCUGAGCUUGCUGAUGGACGCUGCUUCGGCCAAUCAGUGACGCUCAAAGGCCUAGACCGGCAGAGACUGGUGAGUCCACUGGCUCCUGGCAUACAGCCAUCCAGCACUCUGCACUGCGCCCGAACAGGAGAGGAAGUUCUGGACACCUACAUCAGAUCCCACUACCCAUCUGCACCACUGGUGGUUCAGCUGGUGUCCACCCCUAGUAAAUUGACCCCUCCAUUCCCCCAGAUGUUCAGCUCACUCCUGGAUCCUCAGGGCCUGAUUCAGAGACACCCCCCAACUACUGCAGCAGGACCGGCAGCGGUGUUGGCUGCGCCCGUGCUGACCAGCGUUCAGUCCAGCUCAGCGGUAGGGCAGAUGCUGGCGGAGCUGCAGAAGGCCUGUGUCUCUGUGGAGAUGCGCCGCUCCGCACCCAGCUUCCUGUGCCAGGGCCUGGAGGCUGGUGACCUCGCGGAGAAUCUGGAGCAGCUCCGCGUCCUCGCAUACCACUACCGCGACGACAGUGGGGGCACCCUGCGCUCUUCAUCCGAGGAAGAGGAUGAUGACGACGUUGAUUAGUUCUGGUGCGAGGCAACCCUGACGGCAGUAAGACGAAGUUCACCCACUAAGGCAGUGGUGGACAGAUGGGUUGAUGAUGGAGAGAGAGGUGGAUGGUUGGAAGGAUGGACAGAGACACACUCAUGAGUAUUUCUGUGUGUCUGGCAUCAGUGUCUCCAUAAAGGAAAGGAAAAUGGUGUGGAAGGUAAUGGAGAACACACAGAAGCUGCUGUUCAUCUUUUAUGACAUUGGGGGGGUGUAACAUGCAAAAGCCACUGACUUCCUACUACUAGAGAGCACUGUUUCUCAUCCACUGCAGAAGGACAGGAUGAGAAGGGUCUGGGUUUAGCAGCUGUCCAAUAAUUGGACUUCAGGGUUGUAACAGUCCCUCAUUAAAGGAUGGAUUCUGGUCAAGGAAGGAACAGAAUAGUGGCCAGGAUACUUCUGCCAAAACUGUUGCUGAAAGUGUUUUUUAUGGAAUAAGGUCUGAUGACACAGAUGAUAUCACUGUUUAUUUCAAUGUCUGUAGUGUGUGUGUGUGUGUGUGUGUGUGUGUGUGUGUGUGUGUGUGUGUGUGGUUUGUUUUUUUUGGAAACUAAUGUUUGAAUGAAGGCUGACUAAAUAUUUACAAAAAGGUUUUGGUUAUGAACUGAUAACCCUAUUUAAAAAUGAUUGAUUUUUUUUUGUGUAAAUGUAACAGCAUCAAACAAAUGUGACUGAAAACAUUUGAAAAU